UUGACUGUGUCGUCUUCUGUUCUGUUUCAGGCUUUCUGUCUGUUGCUCAGUUUUCUCUCUCAUGUUACGACACGCCGUCUGCGCUCGCUUCAUUAGCUCCUUUCUCAGCCUCGUUCUGUCUAACUGACGCCCACACGAACACAUCAAUACACUUACAUUUCCACUUUUAUUUCCUCGCCGUCACCUUUUCACCCCACGGCUUUUUACCCAGAAUCCAUUGCUUGGAAGUCAAAAGGUCACGAGCCGCCCACCCGUCUCGCCUCCUGGGAAUUUUUGAAGUGGGGGGAAGAAAACGUGUCAUUUCGGCGACGAAGAGCGCCGAGCCGCACAUUAAGAAACAUUAAGUGGAGUUAAUAGACGGGCGCAAUUCUCCAGACGGCCAUGACUUCAUUGGUCAAAUUGGUUUGGAAAAAAAUGUCAUUUAAUUCAGAAUUGCAAUGGAAGUUCCCUCAUCCUGCUGGUUAUUUAACAGAAAAUAACACAGAAUGGCCGAGCUGGGUUAUGAUGGAGCGCACUCGUUUGGAGAAAGAGGAGGGGAAAUAAUUAAAAAGUGUCGCCCUUCAGGUCUUAUUAUAGAAGCUGGGUGAACGAGAGAAAGGAGGGGAAAUGGAAAAAAUAGGAGGUGUGAGAAAUAAAAGGAGAGGGCAGGAAGAGGGGAAGAACUGGAGCGUUUGAACAUCUGAAGGAAUGAUGGGAAGGAAAGAGUGAAGGAGAAGUGCAAAAACAAGUGUGAUUGAGGAAUGGAAGAGAGACGAAAAAGAGAUGUGGAGGAGGAGGAAGACGGCACUUUGUACCAGACGGCGGCUCAUGCUUCAGAAACCCUCACUUCGUAACAUCUACGGAACCCCCCCAAUCCCCAGAAGCUAACCAACCUUGGCUGCUAACUAGCACUAGUGUUUUGUCCUGCGAUGACCUCCAGCUGCUUGAAAAGUGAGAUCUCCGUGUCUCUCUGCGUCUCACCCUCCCGAUCCAUCCAUCCGUCAGCUGCAUCCUCCGCCCGUGUCUCCAGCAUGUCGCUGCUGAAGGUCCAGACCAGUAAUGUGACCAACAAGACAGAUCCCAAGUCCAUCAACUCCAGGGUGUUUAUCGGCAACCUGAACACGGCGGUGGUGAAGAAGUCGGACGUGGAGAGCAUCUUCUCCAAGUAUGGCCGGGUGCUGGGCUGCUCCGUGCACAAGGGUUACGCUUUCGUCCAGUACGCCAGUGAAAGGCACGCCAGGGGCGCCGUGAUCGGGGAGAACGGCAGGGUGCUGGCCGGCCAGACGCUGGAUAUCAACAUGGCAGGAGAACCGAGACCGAACAGACCCAAAGGCCUGAAGCGUUCAGCGGCUGCUCUCUACAGCGGCUAUGAGUUUGACUACGAUUACUACAGAGAAGACUUCUACGACAGGCUGUUCGAGUACCGUGGCAGAGUGUCUCCGGUCCCUCGAGUGGUGCCCGUCAAACGCCCGCGGGUGGCGGUGCCUCUGGUACGGCGGGUCAAAUCUCUGCCGGUCAAACUGCUGACGCGCAACGCCUCCGUCCUCCCCACCAGCAACGGAAACAAACAGAGAUCAGUUAAAGGUACAGAACUUCAGGCGAUCAAGUCAGAGUUGACUCAGAUCAAAGCCAACAUCGAAGCUUUGCUGGGCAGACUGGAGCAGAUCACAGAAGACACACACAUCACCGCCACAGAGCUGAGGAAGGCGGAGGAGUGUAAGAGCGAGGAGGCGUGGCAGGAGGAGGAGGGGGAGGAGUCGAGCUCAGAGUUGGACGAUGAAGAGGAGGAGGAGGAGGAGCACAGACAGAACAGCGAAGCCGAGGAGGAGGAGGAGGACGAAGAGGAGGAGGAGGAGGGAGAGCACACGCAGGACAGCGCCCAUGACCAUAUGGCGGAGAACAGUCGCCUAUCAUCAGAGAUGGACUCCAUCCACCCAUGAGAGGUGAUGUGGACGGCAGAGGAGGAGACAGACAGACAGAGAGAGAGGGAGAGAGAGAGAGAGAGAGAGCGCCAUAGACCAACAGAGAACUGGAUCACAGCACAGGAAGGUCAUCAAACAGCAGGGAGCCACACACACACACACACACACACACACACACACACACACACACCAUUAAAAACACACAGCGAGACAAACUUGACCCUUUGUCGGAGCCACAGGAAGAUACUAAAACAGCAGGUUACUGCCAGAACACAUCAACAACUGAUGAGUUACACACACACACACACACACACACACACACACACACACACACACGCACACUCACUCUCACACACACUCGCAGGAGAAUGAAACACACCGCGACGGAGACUCGGCGCUGUGUCAGAGCCACAGGAAGACAGUUAAACAGCAGGUCGCCGUCAGAAUGCAUCCUAAAAGUGACGGAUUUCACACACACACACACACACACACACACACACACACUGCUGAGACCUGCAGAUGGACGCCGCCAACGUUUUUUGGAGAAGCCCAAACGGGUCAUCAUCUGCUGCUUUACAGGACUUUAAACACCUCGACCGGCCGGGGCGACAUACUGAGGCACAGCUGGACGCUGAUUGUUGAAACUUUUAUGACGUUAAAACACAAAAUAAACGAGCAGGGCCGAACUUCAAAACGUCGCAUAACAUAACUUUAUUUAUUUUAUUUGUGUGUUGCAGAAUAUUUCCAAAUAACAACCGUGUCAUGUGGUGUUAAUGACAGAGGAGCUACUUCAGCUGACCUCCAAUUAAUUACCGAUAAUAGCACAACAACAUCGUCAGCAGCGGCGGCGCAACUGGAGAACGUGGUCCAAACAGAACCACGUUAAUAAAACCGGUUCUCAUCAUACUGUUGAGAUGAUGUCAGCUCUGGUUAUUAACCAUAUCACAUCAUUAUUUACCAGCAGCGCGGUUAUAAAACAAACAGUUGCAUGUCGAACUCUUUCAGUCCGUCCUGGAAGCCCAAAGUGGAAAGUAAGAGAGAUAUAAACAAGUUUUAUUAGCAAUUACAAACACAUGUUUCAAAUGUUUCUCAUCUUCCAAAGUUUUAUACCAGCCCGCUUUUUUUUUUUUUUACAAGGUUGGUUUGUUUCUCAAUUUAUUGCUCACGUUUGAGUUGUGAAUAAAUAACAGAUGGGGGUUAUUUAGUGCGCAUGAAUCCAGCUGACCUCCAGAGGGUUCAAGUCAACAAUAAAAAAUCCAGAAUAAAAACUUGGAAUUAUGAAGCUUUCAUACAAAUAUUGCAAACCUGGAAUGAGCUCCACGCAGCGAUCUGUGAACCUGUUUGACCUCAAGAGAAGCUCAAGUCUGUUGUUUUAUUCACUGUCAGUUAUUAUCCUAAUUGUUACGGUUAUUAUUAUUAUUAUUGCGCUUGUUAUUUAAAGGUUGUAAAAUCAAAAUUUGCUGUCCGCCACAGACUUUUACUCUGAACUGGCAACAUUUAAAAUGCACAGGAAGAUUCAUUCUGGUGGGUUUUGAAUGUUUCCGUCCAUUAAAAAAAUAAUCAUUCAUGACAUUUCUGUCGUUCAGAGCAGCACGUGUAUUCGUUUGUUUGUCAUUAAGUACAUUAUCGACCUGGCCGACACACUGCUGAUGAUUAAUUUAAUGUCCUCUGACUCACAAAGGGAUUCACACUGAUGUGUUGUGGUUUGUCCGGCCCGGUCGCCAGAGUAAAAUAUUGGCUUUUAUUUAUUUUUUAUGCAAACCACACAUCCGUUCUCCAUCUGUUCGUGUCGUCGCACCACGCUGACGUUUCAACAACACGUGUCAGGUGAAGCAGCCGGUCGCAGCAUUACAGCCGCGCAGGAUGACCAGAGGACGCUGCUCAAGAAGGUUUUUUUUAAUAAGACAUUUUUCAGCUGUUGUUUGUCACGACAGGUAUUUUUAAACCAACAUGGUCUUCUCCAAACGUCAACCUAAAGUGUUUUUACAGACACAACCCAUCAGAUCACAAACAGUUUUUCAUCGCCAACAUUUUAUUGUGACGACUGGGUUGUGUUUUAUUUUUUGUGUCUUUAGUAAAAGUGGUUUCAAAUCUGUAUUUUUCAUAUAACAUUAAAUACUCGGUUACUGACAGUGCCAACAAUCCCACAGCUGUCUUAAUAUAGAGAUUGUUCAACGAUGGGUAAAUACCUGACAUCACCUUUUUGUUUUCCUUGUGAUGAACGCACAGUUAAAACGAGAAAAUACAGAAAAUCUCUCACGUGAGCGAACAAACGCUUCAGAGUCAGAAGGUGAUCGAAACGAAAGUGUUUUUAUUUUGUGUGUCGGGUGAAAAUUGUGAGAGUGAAGUCGCAGUUUACAGGUUUUAAAGUCCUCAGUAUGUUGCCGCCAUUUCAGUCAGAGACGGUCAAAGCGGACUGAAGAUCUGAUUCACUGCUGUUUGCUGUCGCUCGCUUUAUUUUUCUUCGUGCCCCUCCUGACCUCUUCCUCUCCUCCGUCUCAGCUCAUCUCACACUUUCUCUUUGUUCCUUUUCCUCCACGCUUCCCUUUCAUCCCACUUUCAUUUCAUCUGUUCUUUUCCUGUCCGUUUCCUCUCUCUUCUCUCUGCUGUCUCCACUUUGUUUUUGUUUUUUCCAGCCUCUCUCUCUCCCCCGUCCUGCCCUUUUUCCUCCCCUCUUCCCUGUUACAAUAGUUGAUAUAUUGCCCUCUAGCUCUGUCAGACUAAUUUACAACAAUGCUAUCAAAAUAAAGAAAGUAAACCAAAUAUUGCUGAACUGUUCCAGCAGCGGUUAGUGGAAGCCAGCACAUAGUUGUAUGGAAGUUAACAAAAAAAAAAAAACGAGUUUCAGGAGAAGAAUGGAUCCGAUUAGAAAAGAAUCGCUCACCGAUUUGUUCUUAGUUUUCCAUUCGACUCGCCACAUUUUACGUCUUAUGAAGUUCACCAUUACAUAAGCUUUUAUUACACAUUGUUCAUCCCUGUAUAUACUUGUUAUAAUCCAUGGAUAAUCAGCCAUUCGCAGCAGGUCUGUCAGUUUAUGUGAAGGUGAGCUACAUACUACGAAUCAGCAGCGACGUGGAUGACGUCUGGAUCUGCUUAACAGUGUUUAUCUUUGACUUUCCCCCCCAACAUACGGAGCUCAGGUUGAGGAUUCUGCCUUCUUGUUUACCUUCAGAAGAAAACGUAGGCCUCCUCUCUUCCUCUUCCUCUUCCUCUUCCUCUUUCCUCACUUCUCCUCCCCCUCCCGCCUCCUCCUGUCGUUCCCGUCUGAUUUCUACACGCUGAUGUUAAAUAAUCCUUGCUGUUAUUUUUAACGACUUGUGCGUACUGUGCGAUGAAGGUGAUGAUGCCGACUCCUCUGUCUGCACUGAGAGGGUGCCAGAGGCCUUUACAACACAUGUAAAUACUCCAAAAUAAAAGCUUGGAACUUG